GCGCAAUAUUGACCGGUGCGUUCGUUUUUUGGACCUAAACGCCCCAUCGUGGACUCAUGGUGGACCAAACUUGCAUUUUCCCGAGAGAUAAAGUAAGUCAGCGCCACGAGUGGAUAUGAUUGGCUGCGCUAUCAUACCGCCUUUCAGCUUUCUCCUGUCAUGGGUAGAGAACGCAGCAUGUGCUACACCUUGUCGCCAACCUCCGAUAUGGAGACUGACCAAAAGAUGUGUCAACCAUGUCCUAUCUCGUACUCCUGUGCGUAUGAAAAGUCUUGACAGUAUCGACGAUGGCGAGAGGCGCAGAGUGGUGGGACAGCACGUCCUGGGAGCCACCAAGGAAAUCACUUGGAACUCUGGUAUCUGAAGGGCAAUGAAUCCAUGACCCGAGACCGAGAGACUGCUAUCAGCUUGUGUCGCGCCAAUGUCGCAAAAAAUUUGGGACGAGUUGGCCGGUGCGCAUGAGAUGCAAUAUCUGCAGGAAUCAAGGUUGGCAUGAGAAGAAAAAAUGGAUUAUCAAAGCAGAAGCCCACGACAGCGCGGGAUGGUGGAGUUGCAAUGGCACAAGUUCAUUGGGUACAUGUCGUCCUUCACCGCCAGGUCGCUUGUCGCGUCAGAAGCCAUGGGGCCGUCAAAUCCAGGAGGCCUACGAGGUAAACGACGCUGGGAACGCGCAGGACGCGCAGGAGGCGUCUGGGGGAGUUCAGUCUGCCACUCGUACCCACCGUCGCAUGAGACGACAGAUUGACUCGCCAACAGUCACUUCUCGCGGGGUGCGCGACUCGCUUGCGAGGCGUUGCAGAUACAAUUCUGUCAAUGAAUUGUGCAUAUGUACAGAAGCCUGUCAAUUGCCAGCUGCCAACUUCUGCCCGUUGUUCAGCUGGUGACUUGAGCAUGUAACCGAAAAGUUGGAACUUCGGAGGCGCCUCAUACUUGGACAAGUCAAGCUGCAUGUCCGCUCUAGUCUUGUGACAAGCCUCGAGGACAUUUCCUUACGGAACAUCGCAAGCCAGCAAUAAUAAUAAUUAAAUGCAUGUUCAAGGAG